AAGCUGCAGGAGGUGCUGGGUCCCGCUGCUGUGGACGGUGAGGGUCUCUGCCUGCCCUUCCACUGUCAUUGCCAAGGCCAGGAAUGUCCCCAGCGAGCCCCUUCCUGCUCCGUUCAAAUAUUGCCUGGGCUCUAGGGGAUGAGGGCGGCACCCAGGACCUGGUCUCCACCCCAGACACCACAGCCAGAGAGGUCCACGUGGGCAGCCAGGAGAUGCAGGAAGCCUCGGGACACAUGGAAGCUGAUGGGAAGGCGAGUUUGAGCGAAUCCAUGAAGGUGGUGAGGGUGGUCCAGCAACCACCCCUGGAGGAAGAGACCAAAGUUGAUGUCAGUGGUGAGGGCUCCAUCCUGGCCACCCCAAGCAUCCACUCAGCCCCAGAGAAGCUGAAAGAGGCACAAGUGGAUGAAAAAGUUGCUCCUGGCCGUGCUCCCAAAACCCGGGUAAAACUGAAGCUCCUGCCAAAGAAGAGGGUUCGAAAACCCCUCACAAGGGAGACAAGCAGUGAACUCCCACAGAUCCCUCAGAUGAGAAAUGAGUGUGAAGCAGUGAGGAACAUGACAAAGAAGCAAUGGAAAGCAUUCUCCGAUGCUUUCAACUUCUUCCCCAAAGACACGGAUGGCAAUAUUAACCUCUACAGCCUGGAGGUGACUGCUCAGCAGCUGGGGAUUAGCUUGGCCGGCCAGGAGGCAUACAACAAGCUGGUGUGUGCAGAAGCUGAUGGAGACAAGGCGAUGAAUUUCUCAGACUUUCUGACCACCAUUACUGACAAGAACUGCUUUAUCCAGACAGUAUUCCCUGAGAAAAGUGAUUCAGGCAGCUUUGAUUAUGUCGAUGCCAGAGGAAUCCUCCUCUGCAAAGUCCUGCUGAAGCUGGUGGAGUUGGCAGCUCUGCCCCGGAAAACUCUUCUUCAGAUUGCCAGUUACUACCAGCAGAAGCUUAGGGACUACACUGGCCACAAAGCCUGGCUGGAUGCUGAUUUCCUCACGAGUUACAGAAAGAACAACAAGAAAACUAGGAAAGAUCUGGUUUAUCCUAUGACUUCCUUUGUAAGCGCUGCCCGCAUCCCAAUGAUGAAGGAAAAAGAGGCAGCAGCUUAUAUGGAACGACUCAAAGGAUCCGUGCCCCGUACAAGCAGCCCGUAUGCUCAGGUACCCAUCUUCCCACUGAUUUUGAAUGAAGACACAAAGACACUCGUGAAGCCGAAAAAAAACAUGCAGAAGCUGGUGAGGCAGAGAAAGAAAGAGCCAGUAGCUUCAACACAGAGCUGCUCCAUCCAUAAGAGAAACUACGUGCAGGAGGCCGCUACCCUGAAGCCUCCUGCUCGCAGCAGAAAGCAGAAACACUCCCCCACCAUCAGCUCAGCGCAGCCAAACAGACAGCGUCACCCCAAAACAGGCAACCAGGGCAAGACACAAGCACACACGAGCGAGGCGCGGGUGGCCCAGCAGUACCAGCACAGCCUGGCCCUCCGCCAGCGCGCCAGCCUGCUCAAGCUGUGGCGGAAGAUCGGCGGGGCCGAGAUCGGCCGCCAGACGGGCAGCAAGCGCUUCCACCACAUCUUCUCCACCUACUCCUGGUCGUGGAACGCGUGCCAGGAGCUGGUGACCGCCGACGAGCUGCAGGCGCUGGACCGCCUGAACCGCCGCCAUCGCCGGGCCACCAGGCAGGCGACCACCACCAAAUGGACGUCCCUGGCCCCCACCAGAACCCGCUGA